CCUUUUUUGAAUGAUUCACCCUGUAAUUGCAUGUGGCCCCCAUGAACAGUGGGACAAGAACCCUCCACACACACAUGCACACACAGAGGGACUUCUGCAUGUGCAAGAGUACACGUGUGUGUGUGUGUGUCUAGAGAAAGCGAAAAGCCGACGACUGGGGUCCCGAUUCCAGUUCCCGUUGCAGUUGCUUUGCCGAACGGCCAGCCCCAGCAGUUGUUGCCACGUGACACUCGCCACAGGACAUGCAUGUACCACGUGAGGAAGUACAGUGAAAGUUAUGAAGAAAAGCCCCCGCUUUAAGUGAAACUAAAAACCAAUAACGAAAAAUACAAAAAGCAGCACCUGCAAAAACAGGCCAUUACUAACCGAAACGAUGCGAAAGGUGAUCACAGGGCUGCCCUUGGCAUCGCGGUGGUUGCUUCUGGGCUGCUGCCUCCGACUGUCCCUGCUCCUGGUGCCCGCACCGGCCGAUGCACAGGCGCAUCUAACGAAGCGCAGCUACUCGGACCAGAGCGUUCACGGCUAUAUGACCGAGCGCACCUGCUGGUGGAACGAGGUGUGCAAGGAGGAGUUCCAGAGCCUGUUUCGGUGCAAGUGUCCACAGUACUCCUACUGCCGCUCCCCGGGACGCUAUUACAAUGCUUACUGCUCCAUGACGGACACUGGCUAUAUUUGGACUCAGCCCAACUGGGAUUGGGGGUCGUAGAGCACACGUAUAGCCCACGUAAAGCCCACGGAUUACGGCCCUGCUCCACCCACUGCCCAACACCCGCUGUGACGUCAAAGACACUGACUGCUGAUUGUAUGCUUCCAUCUCCAAAGUGGCCUCCAAACUCCAAAUCGAUUCUCUAUUCAUUG